UAGCCUUUGGACAACAGCGCAGUGGAAAAUACGUGUAAUAUUUACCGAAACCCCGAUUUCGUAGUGCAUCCAGCGAUAUGGAGACACCGACUGCAGACGAUUUGCUACAGUUUCGCGACUAUAGCGCCACAAGCGCAACUAACAGCGGCACACCAGCGCAAAUCAAUGUUAACUCGCCAACACACGCAUCAGGCGGCGGGGGUAGUGGCAUUGGUAGUGGAUUCGUUGGAGCUGGCGGCAGUAGCAGUGCACAACGUCAGCGCGGUGAUCCUCUGGCCGAUCUUAUCUACGAUAUGAGCACUUCCGCACAUGCCAUGGCUGGCGGUGGAGCCACCAAUCUCCAGAACGCCCCCAUCGAUGGAUCUGGAGGUGCUGGUAGUGGCGGCGGCUCUGGCGCACGCCUAUCCUUCCUGACCAUCGAGUACUAUCAGCAAUUCUUCAACGUGGACACCUACAUGGUAUUGGAGCGCAUUGCCAACUCGAUGAUACCCAAGCGGGCGGCUGGCAAUUAUCUACGCAUGAACAUUGGCGAGAAUCCCGACCUCUAUGGUCCCUUCUGGAUAACAGUCACGCUGAUCUUCUCGAUUGCCAUCAGCGGCAACAUAGCUAGCUACUUGCAUCAUGCCAGCGAUGGGUACCACUGGCACUACAACUUCCACCUGGUCUCGUACGCGGCCACGUGCAUCUUUCUUUAUGCCAACAUCUUGCCGGUUAUACUCUGGGCCCUCUUCAAGUACAGCCUGAAGCCGAUCGAUGAUGCCGAUGCUGUUGAAACGGAUAGCGCCACCUACACGCCCACCCUGCUAUCCCUGAUGUGCAUUUACGGCUACAGCUUGGCCAUCUACAUACCCGUCUCCAUCCUCUGGGUGAUUAAUAUCUCCCUGCUCCAGUGGCUGCUAGUCAUCACCGCAGCCCUGCUGUCGGGCACCGUUCUAAUUGCCGUGCUGACACCAGCCCUGCGCAACUCCCAGUUCUCACUGUUUCUCAUCAUUGGGAUCCUCAGUGCCCACAUCGUGUUGGCUGCUGGAUUUAUGCUGUACUUCUUUUACAAUCCCCCCGACUCGCCAGUGACCAUGCCCGUGCCCACAGCGGCACCGGCUCCAUCUGUCCUCAAGGCCGUCACCCAGGCUGCAAAGGCCGUACUGCCGGGUAACCGAACCCGUUAAAAUUCAUUCCACGAAAUCAAAAAAGUCGUUUGUUUUAAACUAAGUUGUCUGCCAUAUUGGACGUUGUACUAGCUGAAAUAUCUGGAUCAGGCCCGACUGCUCUCUCUCUCUCCCCUCAGGCGUGAGCUUCCAGGAUUCAUUGAGAAUGUAGUACAAAUGUUGUUCUCCAAUCCUUGAUAAUCAUUCCAUGAUGGACAGGCAGCAUCUGGGUCUUGAAGACUUUCGUUAUGGGCUCUGUAUUGACUUCUUUAACAUUUGGCGACUGUAUAUUGAUAAUAAAUUAGAGAUAUUUAGAAGUAUGUA